CUCUUGUUCGAGACCGAGCAAAAAAGAUGACUAAGAACAGUAACGACAACGAGCAUGAGUUCAUCAGCUUUGAACCGAAUCAGAACACGAAGAUACGCUUUGAAGAUGCUGAUGAAGACGAAGUUGCUGAAGGGUCUGGUGUUGCCGGCGAGGAAGUUGCCCAAGAUGAAUCCAUGUUCGACGCCGGAGAGAGCGCCGACACCGCUGAUGUCACUGAUGAUACCACCAGCGCCGACUACUACUUCGAUUCUUACUCUCACUUCGGAAUCCAUGAAGAGAUGUUAAAGGAUGUAGUGAGAACAAAGACUUAUCAGAAUGUUAUUUACCAGAACAAGUUUCUUAUCAAGGACAAAAUUGUUCUUGAUGUUGGAGCUGGAACUGGAAUCUUGUCUCUGUUCUGUGCUAAGGCAGGAGCAGCUCAUGUCUACGCUGUUGAAUGUUCGCAAAUGGCUGACAUGGCAAAGGAGAUUGUUAAAGCCAAUGGAUUUUCUGAUGUUAUUACGGUUUUGAAAGGGAAGAUUGAGGAGAUAGAGCUUCCCACUCCUAAAGUGGAUGUGAUUAUAUCUGAAUGGAUGGGUUACUUUUUGUUGUUUGAAAAUAUGUUGGAUAGUGUCUUAUACGCUCGUGAUAAAUGGCUUGUUGAUGGUGGAGUUGUGCUACCAGACAAAGCCUCCCUGCAUCUUACAGCCAUAGAGGAUUCAGAGUACAAAGAAGACAAAAUAGAAUUUUGGAACAGUGUGUAUGGUUUUGACAUGUCAUGUAUCAAGAAAAAAGCUAUGAUGGAACCACUUGUUGACACAGUCGACCAAAACCAAAUCGUCACCGAUAGUAGGCUUCUAAAGACCAUGGAUAUCUCAAAGAUGUCUUCUGGUGAUGCUUCCUUCACAGCUCCCUUUAAGCUUGUUGCUCAACGCAAUGACUACAUCCACGCCCUUGUAGCCUACUUUGAUGUAUCGUUUACCAUGUGCCACAAGCUGCUGGGUUUCUCAACAGGACCGAAAUCCCGAGCUACACACUGGAAACAAACAGUGCUGUACCUAGAAGAUGUGUUAACCAUAUGCGAGGGUGAGACAAUCACUGGAACCAUGUCCGUUUCUCCUAACAAGAAGAAUCCUCGAGACAUUGACAUAAAGCUAAGCUAUUCUUUGAAUGGCCAGCAUUGCAAGAUCUCAAGGACCCAACACUACAAAAUGCGUUAAAGUUCUCUCAUAAGAAGCAGAACUUCAGAUGCUGUAACGGAGAAGAUUCAAUUGUCAAACUGUGAUUUAGAUUUUGUAUUUCUUUCUUUUUUCCAGAUUUACAACCUUCCAUUUGCUUCACAUUGCAACAUUUGUUUUUGUUUUUCUUCUCAAGCUUAAUUAAUGAUUUUGCUCUAA